AUGAAAAGUGAGAAUGAGCCCACUUUGUAUGUGAAGAAGGAAGGUAAAAGUGAUUUCAUCAUUAUCUGCCUUUAUGUUGAUGAUAUCAUUUAUACUGUCUCUUCUAAUUCUCUUGUGGAUAAAUUUAAGUCUCAAAUGCUGAGUGAAUUUGAGAUUUGUAAGCCUGCAGCCACACCCAUGAAUAUUAAUGAGAAAUUGCAGCAUGAAGAUGAAGCAGAAAUGGUAGAUGCUAGAAGGUUUAGAAGCUUGCCUUCAAAGGUUCAUUAUAGAGCAGCAAAACGGGUCUUGUGUUAUGUUGCUAGAACCAUAGAAUAUGGAAUUUGGUAUUUUAAAUCUUCUAAUUUCAAAUUAUAUGGGUUCACAGAUGGCGAUUGGGCAGGAUUGUUAGAUGAUAGACGGAGCAUUUCAGCAAAUGUUUUCACUCUAGGAUCAGGAGUGAUCACUUGGAGCUCAAAAAAGCAAGCAACAGUGGCGCUAUCAACCUCAGAAGCAGAAUAUGUUGCAGCAGCUUUAGCAGCAUGUCAAGCCAUUUAG